AUGGAAUUAAUUAGAAAUUACAUUGAAUAUUUAGAAUGGGCAUUGAUAUUGAAUAUUCCUUUACAAAAAGAUUCGGACCAGAUCUCAAUAUUAGGGAAUGAUAUAGAUACUUUAAUUCUACCGAACAUCGAAGGCCAAUAUAAUCAAAUUUUGAUUUCUGACUUAGUUCGGCAAAUUUUUGGUGUGAAUCUAUCGAAAAAUGAUGAUGAUCUAAAAUAUCUUGAAGAAUCAUUAGAUUUUUCUUCAUAUUUUUCAGUUAGGAUUAAUGAAUAUCUAUCAUGUAAAGAUAUUAAUCAGGAACUAAUAGAAAAACAACAAUAUAUUAGACAAUUUAAAUUGCUUUGUAUUGCGGUAACAUGUUUAAACGCUUUUGUACAAACUUGUUGGACUGGUCCUAUUCUUGAGUUGGAACCUCAAACUCUUUUACCUACUAUUGUUAAGGAACGAUAUAGUGAUAAAGAAUUAAAUAAAAAAGCUCUGGAAUUGUUAUCAACAGAUGGUGAAGAUGCUUAUCAUUUGACUCCUCGCGCUUUGUAUUUGUUAUUCGCAAAAAUUAUACUAGUAGAAAAUGAAUCAAAAUUUUCUUUAAUGAAAAGUGUUCAUUUAUGGGGUCAGAGAAUACUCUUUAUUCAACAGAAAAUUCUUGAUGAUUAUAGUGGAACAUUACAUGAGAAGAUUUUACAAUAUCUUAAAUCAACAGAAAUCAUCCUGUCUUCAUUAAAUCUAGAUAAAAUAAUAUUAAAAGAUUUAUAUUCUAGAUUUUACUUGGAAUAUGGUCUUGUUUAUACUUAUUAUGUUCAAGAUUCUUUAUCAAUAGAUUAUUUUGUUAAAGCCCAAAUCAAAAGUGGGUUAAAUUGGAAAAUUACAGGUGCAUUGGGUAAAAGAACAAAAUUUCAAAGUUUUGAUGUAUCUCAAUUACUGAUUGUUGCCAAAAGCAUUGAAAGUGAAGAAAAUAAUGAAAAAGAUUUAGGAUCAAAAAAAAAAGAUAUCCCGGAGGAUUUAUCACUUAAUGAUGAUACACUUUUAGAAAAAAUUGAAUUUUCAAAAACCUCUAAUGAAACAAUACAAGAUCAUAAUUCCAUUCAAAAUCAAGGGAAUCUUAAAAUAAUAGAUCAAUGUCUCUUGCUUGCUUUUUGUUUAAAUGUAAAGAAUACCAAUCCUAAAGAUGGAAUAACUACUGAACAAAUGGUUCCUUUUGUAACUAAAGUUCUAGAAAAUCCAAACAAUUGGAUGGUUUAUACCAUGGCACUAUUACUAAGAUCACGUCUUGAAAAAGAAAAGUCUAGAACUGUUGAGCGUUCAGUUCUUCAACUUCAAGCUCUAGUUGAUCAAUUUUCUCUGGAAUUAUCUGAGGCAAAAGAACGUAUUGCUUAUUUUUACCAAAUUCUUCUUCCAUCAAAAUGGGAUAUGGAAAGAGAACUUGCCUCACAAUACCUUUCAUUGGGUGUGGUUCGUUCUGCUCUCCAGAUUUUUGAGCGUCUUGAAAUGUGGGAAGAUGUAAUAAAUUGUUACAUUAUGCUUGAAGAUGAAAAUAAAGCACGAACAAUAAUAAAUGAACAAUUAAAAAUCACACCUAAUUCACCUAAAUUAUAUUGUUUAUUGGGUGAUGUUGAGAAGAAUCCAAAACAUUGGGAGUAUGCUUGGGAAAUUUCAAAUAAUCAUUAUGCACGUGCAAUGCGAUCUCUUGGUUUUUAUUGGUAUAAAAAAGAGGAAUAUCAUAAAUCUAUUGAAUGUUUUGAAAAAGCCCUUAGUGUUAAUCAAAUUUUUGAGAAUUCAUGGUUCAUUCAAGGAUGUGCUGCAAUGCAUGUUAAAGAAUGGGAAAUUGCUUCACAUGCUUUUUCACGUACAAUUUCAAUUUCACCUGAAAAUUCUGAAGCUUGGAAUAAUCUAGGAUCAGUUUUUCUUAAACAAAAUCUGAAAACUGAAGCAUUUAAUGCUUUUCAACAAGGAUUGAAACUAAAUUAUGAUAAUUGGAAAAUUUGGUCCAAUUAUAUGUAUACAGCUAUUGAUAUUGGAGAAUUUUCAGAAACCAUACGAGCUAUGGAACGUAUUGUAGAUUUGAAAUGGAAAAAAGAAAAAGAAUCUUGUGUUGAUUUGGAAGUUCUUGGAAUAAUUGUUAACUCAGUAAUUCAAGGAAUUCAAGAUUCUAACAAUGUUAAUGUAUCCAAAUUAGAAAAAAAAGUUGAAAAAUUAUUGAAUGAAACGAUAACAUCAAAAAUAACUUCAAGUCCACAGAUAUGGAAAAUCUGUUCACAAUUUUGGUUUUGGAAGAAACAAUAUGAUAAAUCACUUGAUUCUCAAAUAAAAGCUUACCGAAGUAUAUUACAUAAUCCUCAAUUGGAAACUUCUGAGGAAGUCUUUAAUCAGGUCGCAAAUACUGCUUUAGAAGUCGUUGAAACCUAUCAAAAUCUUGGUGAAAAGGAAAUAAUGUAUAAAGGAUCUUUGACUAUUGUUUGUAAGGAUUGGAGAUAUCAAGCAAAAAGUUUAUUGAAAAGAUUAAAUGGAUUUAGAAAUAUAGAAAAAUCUGUUUUAUCUGACACUUCGGACAAGGCACAGAGAAAAUUAUAUUCUCUUCUACCCUUAAGUCACCAACAACCGACAUCAUCGAUAAAAGUUAACUGUUGUUUAGAAUUGUGGUAA